UCUGGCUGCCUUUGCAAUCAACCCCAUCCCAUCGACACACAGGCAAUUAUGGGAGGAGGUGGAAAAUACCCUUACCCCAAGUGGGUCUGGUCGUACUAUGGCGGAUGGUGGCCGUCGCCAAAGAGGGUAGUGACGAACUCGUUGAUAACAGGCGCUGGAAUUGCUGGUCUUUUGACUCUUGUUUGGAACUUUUCGGCGAAUCAUGAGCUUCGACACAGAUAUCCCGAUAGAUGGAUCCCCUCCAUGCUUUGGUCAAGGGAAUUCCACGACCCUGCUUUCAAAGCCAUGUGGGAAGAGCAGCUAGCAAAGGAAGGAAGACAAUGGAUUGAACCCAUCCCCGACUGGUGGCCAUUCAAGAAGCAGCAAGCGAAGGAUGUGUAGAUACAGAACCCUAUGUGUCAGGACUAUGGGGGCACUACAAAAUAACCUAGAGUUAGGUCAUGACAACAAUUAACAUGGUGAUAUAUCCUCA